UUCUGAGCCCUCUCCAGCCUGACGAUAUCAAUGUGCUGGAUGGGGUGGUAUUAGUUUACAGUGUAACCAGGAAACCCAAACUAAAGGAGCUCCGACAACAGAAACAAAACACCAUUCCGUUCCUUACCUGCAGUGAGUGAGCUGGCCGGAGGCUUCCUCUCACCAAGCCUUCGUGUUUUUGCAAAUGGAGUCUGACCAGUGAGCACCUCGACGACCGCAGGGGUCAUGGGUCACCAUGGCAGCAGAGUGGCCCUGCAGCUGGUGGGUCUGGUGCUGGGCACCGUGGGUUGGAUCGGCUCGGCUAUUGCCACGGGGCUCAUCCAGUGGAGGGUGUGGCGUGUGAGCUCACCGGAGAUCACCUCGGGAGUCGCCUGGGUCGGCAUCUGGAGGGUCUGCCUCUACAGCCGGCCGCUGGCCACUCCGCCCUUCCAGGGGAUGUCCUGCCAGAGGCUCGGAGCCCUCGACUCCUUCGUCCCGAGCGAGAUUGGCGUCGGGCAGGGCAUGAUGCUGGCAGCUGUGGUCUUGGGAGCCCUGGGCAAAGUGGCCACCGUCUAUGGGCUGUGGGACGCGUAUAUAGGUGAGGGGUGCCAGUCCAGGAGGGCGGGGCUGGCUUUCACAGUGGGUGGCAGUUUCCAUCUCCUGGCCUCUCUCUGCGUACUGGUCCCUGCCGCCUGGAAUUUGAACUCGGUGCUGAGUAACCGUACCAUCGCCUUCCCACCUCACUACCACCUGCCCCCCUCCGCCAGGAGCCAGGAGCCCGGGGCAGCUCUCUACGUGGCCUUUUUCUCAUCUGCCCUACUCUCCCUCACCGCUGCCUUCCUGCUGAGUUACAGGCCAUCAGCCUGGCCCUCCAGUGCCAGGGUCCACCCUCUCGCCAAUGACUUCUCCGACUGCUCUAGCUUGGUCUCCAAGGUAACGGCGGGACCGGGGGGCAGUUUGUGUGCAAUGAGUGUCUCGGAGCACUCCCUUUCCAGUUACGGAGCAGACAAUCCAGCUUUCACCCCUGACAGCAACUCUUCGGGAUUGCUGAGGUCCCCAGAAAGCACGUGCUAAAAAAUACUGCAGAUCCCGG